AUGUCGAAUCUGCUCAGUGCCGAAAACCUCAACGGGCGGCUGCUCUUUGCCAUCCCCAAGAAGGGCAGGCUGUACGAAAAGUGCGUCGACAUCCUCUCGGGCGCCGACAUCCAGUUCAAGCGCCAGCACCGUCUCGAUGUCGCGCUCGUGCAGAACCUUCCCAUCGCACUCGUCUUCCUUCCUGCCGCCGACAUUCCGCGCUUCGUCGGCGAGGGUAACGUCGACCUCGGCAUCACCGGUCAGGACAUGGUCGCCGAGGCCGGCGAUAAGGUGAGCGGCCUCGUGUCGGAAGAGCUGCAGCUCGGAUUCGGCAAGUGCUCGCUCCAGGUGCAGAUCCCAGAUCCCGUACUCCCCGCCAACGCCGGCAAGAACAUCAGCAGCGUCGAGGACCUGGUCGGCAAAAAGGUCGCGACGAGCUUCGACCAUCUGGCGGCCAAGUACUUUUCGGAACUCGAUGCGCGCGUUACCUCCGUGCGUCGUGCAGCCGGUACGCUCGGGGCGACAGAAGAGCUCAAGACGCAGAUCGAAUACGUCGGAGGCUCUGUGGAGGCGGCAUGUGCGCUCGGGCUGGCCGAUGGUAUUGUGGACCUGGUGGAGAGCGGCGAGACGAUGCGCGCCUGCGGGCUCACGGCGAUCUCGACGCUGCUCUCGUCGCAAGCGGUGCUGAUCAAGUCGGCCACACCGCACGAGCGCUCCAACACGGAGCUGAUCCAGCUCAUCACCGCACGCAUCCGCGGCGUCAUCGCCGCCUCCAAGUACGUGCUGUGCCAGUACAACGUGCAGAAGAACGACCUCGCGCGUGCACUCGAAAUCACCCCCGGCCGCAGAGCCGCCACCGUCUCGCCGCUCGAGGACAAGAACUGGAACGCAGUCUCGUCCAUGGUCCUCAAGGCCGACGUGGCCACCAUCAUGGACAAGCUUGAGAAGAUCGGCGCCGAAGACAUCCUCAUCGUCGGCAUCAACAACUGCCGUGUCUAG